UUAUUUUUUAGGAAAAAUAGAUUAAAGAAACGAGGUCCAACAAUCAUCUCUAUUUUUGUCAACCAGAGAAUAUAGGGAAAAAACCUUUUUGGCAGUUGAAUUCACCGCCUUAACAAAGAGGUUUUUCGGUGGUUUCAUUCUCCCUCUUGCUGUAAACUCUUGCUACAUUUCUCUCUCUCUCAUUCCUCUUCCAAAAGAUGCCUGAUGAUACGAAUUCAGUCGAUCAACACAACGGGAGUGGAGAAGAGAUGCAAAUCAAGAAUGAAUCUGCAGCUGAGCCUUCAGAUAUGGAUUUGAUGAAGGAGAAAUUUUCGAAGUUGCUUCUCGGGGAAGACAUGUCGGGUGGUGGAAAGGGCGUUUCUUCUGCAUUGGCCUUGUCCAAUGCCAUCACCAAUCUUGCUGCUUCUGUUUUUGGGGAGCAGUCGAGGUUAGAGCCAAUGUCUGCAACGAGGAAGGAGAGGUGGAAAAAGGAAAUCGAGUGGCUUGUCUCAAUCACGGAUUACAUAGUCGAAUUCGUCCCUUCUCAGCAGAAAACAAAGGAUGGUUCGAAUAUGGAGAUAAUGGUGACACAGCAGCGGAGAGACCUUCUCCUAAGCAUCCCCGCCUUGCGCAAGCUCGACACAAUGCUUCUUGGCAUCCUUGAUAACUUCGAGGGCGAGCAAGAGUUCAAGUAUGUGUCAAGAGACGCGGAUGAGUCCCAGAGAGGGGUGCAGAGGAGCGACAAAUGGUGGCUACCUACUGUCAAGGUUCCCCCCAGUGGCCUAUCAGAAGAGUCGCGGAGGUUUCUGCAGAAGCAGCAGGAGGCGGUAAAUCAAGUGUUGAAGGCAUCCAUGGCUAUAAAUUCUCAAGCUCUUAGUGAUAUGGACAUCCCUGAGAGCUACAUUGAGUCCCUACCUAAGAAUGGGAGAGAAAGUCUUGGUGAAUCACUCUACAGAAGCAUUACAGAUGAACACUUUGAUCCGUUGCAGUUCCUUUCGGCCUUGGACUUGCCAUCUGAGCACAAGAUUCUUGAUUUGAAGAAUAGGAUUGAGGCUUGUGUUGUGAUAUGGAGGAGGAAGAUGAUCCAUAAAGACGCCAAGUCUUCAUGGGGUCCGGCUAUAAGCUUGGAGAAGAGAGAGAUUUUCGAGGACCGAGCACAGACUGUUCUACUCCUGCUCAAGCAGAAAUUCCCAGGGAUUCCCCAGUCCUCACUUGAGAUAAGCAAAAUCCAAUGCAAUCAAGAUGUGGGGCUGUCGAUUUUGGAGAGCUAUUCUAGGGUGCUGGAAUCCUUGGCCAACACGGUGAUGUCUCGUAUCAAGGAUGUUCUGUAUGCCAACUCUCAUGCAGAGAGCCACUCCGAGGAUUCCACACCAUCACUGAGAUUGAGCUCUGCUGCAGAGUCGACUGCAUCUCUCACGCUUUCUGAUUUCAUAAGCUGGGAUUCGGAGCCUUCUGAGGCAGAAACCGGGAAGAGAUGCAGCAAGGAUGAAGAGGAAAAGAUCAUACGCGAACUUGCUACCAUCAAGAGGUUUUCUUACAUCGAUAAGGUUGAGAUGGGCGGUAUCAGAAGCCCAGCUCGCGGUUAGAGCAACUAAGAUGCAGAUAGAUGCUGUGAAUGGGAAGAGUGGAAUGCAAGAACAAUAGAGAAAGUUACAUUCAAUAAUAUAAAAUACUCAAAAUGUCUGAGGUGUUGUAGAUUGAAUUAGUUUAACAAGAUUUCCUCUUCCUUCCAUUUUUGGAGAGGGAAGUUUUCCCAAUCUGCUUGUGUAUUACUACAUUCUAACUCAGCAUUAAACUGGAGCACAAUUUGUUCAUUGCAAUAGUAUUCAUUGAUUGUUGGCUUCUAAUAUAUCUAUAUGUAAUGCUUUUUUGAUCUAAUAAAAUCAUGAUAUUCAUUGC